GCGGAAAGCACACUGGCAAUGUUGGUUUGGAUGUCUUUCACAUCAGCAUCAAAACUCCAGCAGUCCCGCCAACCUUCGAAACUGACGAUAUUAUUUUUGACGCCAAGUAUAUACUGCGGAGCCGUGUGAAAUUAUCAUUAACCAUCGAGAGCAUAUUCGAGAGUACCCUUCAGAUGACCGGCAAGGAUCAUGCAGCCUUCGUGGUCCCCACCAAAGAUAACACACACGAUCAAUCACACAGUACCAAGAUGACCAACGGCGCAGCCAGCGAUAGCACGAUAGGUCCUACGCAGAUUCCCGAAACCUUUCGCGCAGCUGAGGCGCCCGGGUUGGAAGCAGGAGCAGAGGCCUCCACCGCCGGAAAGGACCCGCAGCAGGAGCUACAGCAAAGGCUGACGACCAAAUACCAGUAUCCGCCACUUGCUGAUGAUUCUGAUCACAUCCGUAUACUUGAUCUCUUUCCGGGAGAGCGUGAUGACCCCAUCCGGGCCCGGCUGGAGCCCUCCUCGUUGAGCAACCGGCCAAGCUAUGAAGCUAUCUCAUAUGCAUGGGGGAGCAAGACUGACACUGAUGCGGUCUUGAUCUGCGAGGGCGGCCUCGAGUACUCGGUUGAGAUCCCGAAAAGCCUCCAUGGGGCUUUGCAGCAGUUGCGGCACCAUUGCGACCAUCGGUCCAUCUGGGCUGACGCCGUCUGCAUGAACCAGACAGACGACGAGGAGAAGAACCACCAGGUCCGACUGAUGCGGAAAAUAUAUCAACGAGCAACGGUGGUUGUCAUCUGGCUGGGGCAUGGUGAUGACAUUCCUUAUAAAGUUGAUUCCUUAUUCGACAUCAUCAGCCACAUUGGUCAACACAACCAAAUCCCGUCACCUGAAGAGCGGGAGAUCUGGACCGCACUUGGGCGGCUUUUCCAGAGGUCAUGGUUCGAGCGGGUGUGGUGCUUGCAAGAGGCAGUCCUGGCCCCCUCGGCCAAAGUCAUGCUUGGGGAGCACACCACGUUCUGGGAACGCGUCGGUCUGGCGGCGAGGACGAUCCAUUAUAACUCGUCGCAUUUUCCUUCUGGUGAGGGUCUCAAGGACGGCGUGCGCAAUGCAUAUCUGAUGUACUGGCUCUCGCACGUACACGAACGGCGAGUGGUCCCUUCGGUCCUAGUUCUGCUCCAGCUCACCAGGCGCUUCAUGGCGAGCGACUGCCGGGACAAGAUCUACGGCAUCCUAGGAAUACCAACAACAGACUCGGACCCCGAUGCCGGCGAACCUUUUUUACAGCCUGAUUACACCAAGACACCGUCAGAGGUGUACAUUGACUGCGCCUCGGCCAUCAUCCAAAGGACCCAAUCCCUCCGGCUGCUGUCUCUUGUCCAGCACUGGAACCUCCGCGGACGGACAGCUGACAUCUUGAAACGGAUAGAGGCCGACGCCACGAUAGUCAACGUCCCAUCGUGGGUGCCACGCUGGCACCAGCACUCCACAAGAAUAAUAGGGCCAUACCACGAAGCAACAAACAACUUCGACGCCUCUGCCUCUCUGAGCCUCGACCCCGGGCUCAAGACCGAGGUCAGAGGCUCCGAACUAGUCACAUAUGGCGCCCGGAUGACCGCCGUCGGAUCCGUCUCCCGGACCUUCGACUCCUCCAUGACACUGCCACACAACGCACCGCAGGUGGCCGCCGAGAUCUGGGCGGGGGCUUCCGACCACCUGAGGGCAUCCACAACGGACCCGACAGAGGCCCUAUACGCGCUGAGCACCUUGCUCACCGCCGGCCAAGACUGGUACGGCCGCAUCGUCCAGGACAGGGAGCAGCACUUUGCCGACUUCCAAGACUUCAUCCGCACCGCCGCCGUGCUCUCCCACGGCGAGCUCGCAGCAGACGUGCCGCCCGGGGAUCAGGCACAGGGGGCGAUGUCUUCGCCACAGGCACCACCAGGAAGCCGGGGAGACGACCCGCAACCACCACCACCACCACCACCACCUCCUGGACGCCGCGCCAACGCGCUCGUCGACGCGCUGUUCCGCCCGCGGACAGACAUCGCGGUGCCGGCCGAGCCGCCCAGGCCCAGGGCCGGAAAGGCCAGCCGCUUCCAGGCGGCCCUCCGCAUCGUGUGCACCUGGCGGCGCCUCGUCGUGACCGAGGACGGCCAUGUCGGGCUCGGCCCCGAGGCCGCCGAGCCGGGGGACGUCGUGUGCAUCCUCGGGGACUCGCGCGUGCCGCUGCUGCUGAGGCCCGACGCCGCCGGCGCCGGCGGGGGCAGGUUCAGGCUCGUGGGCGAGGCGUACAUACAGGGCAUGAUGUUCGGCGAGGCCGGGAUACCCGAGGUGGAGCAGAUUGUGCUGAGCGAUAGGCCGUUUGUGACCGUGGAGGAGGUAGUUGGGCUUCGGGAUGAAGCUUGAAACUUAGCUAGCUG